UUAAUCACGUAUUUGUUAAACAAACAUUUAAUUUAUGUAAGUUACUUAAUAUAAAACAAUUUUCCAACACGUUUUUUUGUUGAAAGAUAUUUUUUUAAAUUAGUAAAAAAAUAAUUCAAAAACUAAAUGGCUUUCCAUAUCCUUGUUGCAGUUUUACUACUCAGUGGGUUCAACGUGUCUAAAGCUCGAAGCAAUUUCAACAAGAAAUUAUAUUCAUUGGCUAAAGAUGCUGAUAAUGAAAUUCCAGCUAAAAUUAUCCAGAAACAAAAUGAAAAUCAAUGGUUUAAAGAUGGUGUGAGUACAAUAAGAAAAAAAUUAAAAGUAAAAGAGAUAAAUAAAAAGGCAAAAAAUGUUAUUCUGUUUAUUGGUGACGGUAUGGGUCCCUCAACAGUCACAGCUGCUCGUAUACUUGAUGGUCAAAUUAAAAAACAAACAGGAGAAGAAAAUAUUUUAAGUUGGGAAGAGUUUGAUAAUGUUGCUCUGUCUAAAACAUACAAUGUUGAUUAUCAAGUUCCUGAUUCUGCUGGAACAGCAACUGCAUUUAUGUCAGGAGUCAAGACCAGAUUUGGACUUAUUAAUGUGAAUGAAAAUGUCAUUUAUAAAGACUGCAAAUCAUCUAUUGGUAAUGAAGUUUUGUCUCUGGCACAGUAUGCAGAGUUAGAUGGGUUAUCAACAGGUGUAGUUACUACAACACGUCUAACACAUGCAACUCCUUCAACUGUUUAUUCAAGUUCUGCUUCAAGAAGUUGGGAGCAUGACAAUGCUGUUAAGGACAAGCAAUGCAAAGAUAUAGCAAGCCAACUGAUUGAUUUUAAGUAUGGAAAUGGUCUUGAAGUAGCUUUAGGCGGAGGGCGAUCUGCAUUUCUUCCUAACUCAACGGUUGAUGAAAAGACAAAAAAAACUUAUAAAAGAGGUGAUGGCAGAAAUCUUGUUGAGGAAUGGAUUAAUAAAACCUCUAGUAAUGGUAAAUAUGAGUAUGUUUCUAAUGCAGCUCAGUUAAGAAAUCUAAAACCAGAGGCUGUUGAUCAUGUGCUUGGAAUCUUCAAUUAUGAUCAUUUGAGUUACUCUUACUAUCGCUUAAAUGGAACAGAUGAGCCAUCUUUAGUUGAAAUGGUUGAAUUUGCUGUCAAAGUACUCAGCAAAAAUUCUAAAGGAUUUUUUUUGUUAGUUGAAGGUGGUCGAAUUGAUCAUGGUCAUCAUGACAACAAAGCUUUCCAUGCUCUUCAUGAUGCAGUGGAACUGAAUCAUGCUGUUCAAAAAGCAAAAGACAUUACUGACCCAAAUGAGACUCUUCUAAUAGUUACAGCUGAUCAUUCACACGUGUUUACAUUAGGAGGGUACCAAAGUCGUGGAAACCCCAUAUUUAAUUUAGUGAAUAGAGAAGAUUUCAUAGCACAAGAUAAUAAGACAUACUCAACUUUAGCAUAUUUAAACGGUCCCGGUGCUGAAAUUAACAAGGAGAGAAGAAAUGUCUCGCAAGAUGAUCUUUCUAAGCCAGAUUAUAGAUACCCUAGCUUGGUGCCAUUAGAGGAUGAAACCCAUGGAGGAGAAGAUGUUGGUAUCUAUGCUCGUGGACCUCAGGCUCAUUUAAUUUCAGGAGUUGUCGAGCAAAACUAUAUAUUUCACGUUAUGGACUAUGCGCUGUGUUUAACUAAAGAAAAAAAGACAAUGUGCGAGGAAGAAGGGUUGAUUAACCCCAAAACCACCCCAAAACCAAGUUCCUCGCCAUCGUUCUGCUUUUCUGUAAUUGGUUUGAUAUUAUUGCAAACAAUGCUUUUUUUCUUCAAUUAAACAUUUUUAUUUUAAAUAGCAAACUUACAUAGAAAUAUAUAUAAAAAUAUUCAUA